GCGGCCUUCGCCGGCCGGCAGCACCUGGAGAGCCGGCGGGGCCGGCGAGUGGCCGUGCUGGUCAACAAGGCACACCUGGUGGAGCAGCACGCCCAGAAGGAGUUCCAGGCGCUGCAGAAGGACUUCAGGGUGAUCGCCAUCAGCGGGGACAGCGACCGCAGGUUCUUCUUCGCUUCCCUGGUGAAGCAGAGCGACGUUGUCAUCUGCACAGCCCAGAUCCUGCAGAACGCGCUGAGCAGCAGGGAGGAGGAAACGUCCCUGGAGCUGACGGAUUUCUCUCUGCUGGUGAUAGACGAGUGCCACCACACUCACAAGGAAGCCGUCUACAACAAGAUCAUGCUGAACUACCUCCAGCACAAGCUCCGUGGGCAGCAGGACCUGCCACAGAUCCUGGGCCUGACAGCAUCCCCUGGCACUGGCGGGGCAACCUCUUUUGAGGGGGCUGUUGAGCACAUCCUGCAGAUCUGUGCCAACCUGGACACCGAGAAGAUUGUGUCAGUGCAGAAGGAGCUGCAGCAGCUGCAGAGCCAUGUUCCCCAGCCCAGGAAGCAGCACGACCUGUGCCAGGAGAGAGCAGAGGACCCUUUUGGUGAGCAGCUGAAGAACAUGAUGGAGCAGAUCCAGCAGUACAUGGGGAUGCCCAGCCUGCCGCAGGACUUUGGCACGCAGAUUUAUGAGCAGCACAUCGUAGACCUGGAGAAAAGAGGGGCAGAGACGUUUUGCCGCCGCACGCGGGUGUGCGCGCUGCACCUGCGCAAGUACAACGACGCGCUGCUGAUCCACGACGCCGUGCGGAUGGUCGACGCCUUCCAGUGCCUCCAGCAGUUCUAUGAGACUGAGCGGGACACAAAAGACCCAACCGAACAGUUCCUCACUGCCAUAUUUGAGGAGAACAGGAAGAUCCUGCAGGCGCUUGCCAGGGACCAGCGCUAUGAGAACCCCAGGCUGUGCAAGCUGGAGGAAAUCCUGCGGGAGAACUUCCAGCCUCUGGGCACUUCUCGUGGCAUUGUCUUCACCAAGACCCGGCAGAGUGCCCACAGCCUGCUCAGCUGGCUGCAGGACACAGCCACACUCCACGGGCAGCACAUCAGGGCUGCUGUCCUCACCGGCUCCGGCUACAGCAACCAGACCAGGCACAUGACACCGAGCGAGCAGCAGGAUGUGAUCAGGCAGUUCCAUGAGGGAACCCUCAACCUGCUCUUCUCCACCAGCGUGGCUGAGGAGGGCCUGGAUAUCCCGGAGUGCAACAUCGUGAUCCGCUACGGGCUGAUGACCAACGAGAUCGCCAUGAUGCAGGCCCGUGGCCGUGCCCGUACCCAGGACAGUGUCUACUCAGUUGUUGCCAAAGCCAACAGCAGAGAGGUCUCCCGUGAGCUGCUCAACGAGAACCUGGUGGAGCUCAUGGAGGAGGCGACCAGAGCAGUGCAGGCUAUGCCUGAGGAAGAGUAUCACCUCAAGAUCAUGGAGCUGCAGCGUGUGGCUGUGGCCUCCUGGCUGAUGAAGGAGGCCAGGAUCAGCGAGCAGCGGCGGCUGCAUGACCCGGACACUGUUCUCUUCUACUGCGUCAACUGCAACGUGGCUGUGUGCCGGGGCAGUGACAUCCGCAUGGUGGAGAGCAUGCACCACAUCAACAUCAACCCCAGCUUCGGGCUGUAUUACAAAGUCACCUCUGGGAAGAUGCAGUUCCCGCGGGCGUUCAAGGACUGGGAGCCCGGCUGCCGCAUCGGGUGCUCCCUGCCCACACAGGACUGGGGGAUGGAGAUGAUCUACCGGCAGGUGAAGGUGCCCAUGCUCUGCAUCAAAAACUUUGUGGUGGAGACACCAGCUGGGAAGAAGAAGUACAAGAAGUGGAGCUCCGUGACGUUCCUUGUUGAGGAGUUUGACUACGUGCAGUACUGCUCCAGCACCCAGGGCCUGUCCCUCUAG